AUGACCAAAAGCAACUUGGUAAGAAAAGGUUUGUUUCGUCUUACACGUUCAGCCUUCAUGAGCAACUUGCUAUUCCCCGAGGGAAGGAGGCCCUUGGUGAAGCCCAAGAUUGUCAAAAAGUGGACCAAAAGGUUCCUCAGGCACCAGUCAGACCGAUAUGUCAAACUUAAGCGAAACUGGCAGAAACCCAUCCACAACAGGGUUCGGAGAAGAUUCAAGGGCCAGAUCCUGAUGCCCAACGCUGGUUAUGGGAGCAACAAGAAAACCAAACACACUCUGCCUAGCGGCUUCCGGAAGUCUCCAGUCCACAAUGUCAAGGGGCUGGAAGAGCUGCUGAUAUGCAACAAAUCUUACUGCGCUGAGACUGAUCACAGUGUUUCCUCCAAGAACCGAAAAGCCAUCGUAGAAAGAGCAGCGCAGCUGGCCACGAUAGUCACCAACCCCAACGUCAGGCUGCGCAGCGAAGAAACUGAGUAG